AUGAAAAUGACAACGCGUUGGGCAAAAUCUUCUAUAGUAAAACAAAAACCAAACGUUGACGUUGUCUCAAGGACAAAUGGUAAAAUGAGAGUUGGCAAAACCACGCCACGUGUAAUUUCUGGCAGUUCAAAAGGUCUAUCUACUGUGGUUUCGUUAAAUAGUCCUACGAAGCAUGCUGACAGACGGACCACUAACCCUGACCAGGCCGAAAUUCACCAACCCAAAGGGUCCAGGUUGAAAGCUACUAUUUACCCUCGAGAACAAGAUUAUAAUAUGUCAAAUGAUGAUCAAGAACCAUCUCUGGAUUUACAUGACAAUGAUUUGGACCAUAAAGAAAUUAUGGUGGCUCUUGCAGCAUCCCUUAAAAAACGAGAAAAUCAAAUUUCCAAAUUGAUGGACAAGCGAUUCGAAUUAAGCAGGAUUACUAUAACUAAUGCCCUUGGAAGUUAUAUUGAGAAAGAAGAUAAUAUCACAACAAAAGUCGCGUCAGAAUAUAAGCACAGGAUGGAUGAAUAUGCCGAAGAAAAACGAAAUUGUUUAAGGAAACUCCGAUUGGGUUUUGAAAAAUAUCAACUAAUAAUGUCCGAUUUGUUCGAAGCGCUUGAUAAGAACCAUUCCCAGAGCAUGCGUGCACGAAGGGACUUUGAAAAAGAUAUUACGCACAUCCAAACAAUACAUCAAUCUGAUAUAACCAGAUUACAUGAAGAAAUUGAAAAAACUACAUCGUAUUUCCAUAAGACCAUAGAAAGUGCAGCGAAAGUUCGAAUUUCUCCAAAAGCCAUCAAUUACCAAGCAAUUCAAGUCACUUCUUAA